AUGACACGUGGAGUAAUCCGUUUCGAGAUACUUCCAUUUAUUACGUUGGAGUAUCACACGUCGCCACGUAAAUGGGCGGGUGGUGUGCUGACGCAAACUAGUUCCGUCGGGGCUUUCACGGAGUUAGUGGAACUUUUAAUGGCGUCCGUGGGUCGCGAGAGGCAGAGGGGCGCUGCGUCGUAUUGCAUCAAUUGUGUAUCGGUUAUCUCACAAUUUCGUAUACAAACGGACCUGUUCGACUCGUACAAAUUGACU